UCCGUGGAGACAGCGGGGCCUACGGGGCCAUGGAGCCGCGACUGGUGGGCCCCGGUCCCUACCGGGCAACCCGGCUAUGGAAUGAGACCAUUGAACUCUUUCGUGAAGGGAUGCCAUUACGGAGGCAUCGUAGUCUUUUCAAAAACUAUGAGUGUUGCUUCAAAGCUUCAGAGGCAGUAGACUGGUUACAUGAACUGCUCAGAUGUAACCAAAACUUUGGCCCAGAAGUGACACGUAAUCAAACAAUUCAGCUGCUUAAAAAAUUUCUGAAAAAUCAUGUUAUUGAAGAUAUCAAAGGAAGAUGGGGCAAGGAAGACUUUGAGGAUGACAGUCAUUUAUAUAGGUUUUCUCCUUCUUCACCACUGAAACCAUAUCCAACAAGGCCUCCAUAUAGAAAAGAAGUAAUUAAAAUUCCAGACUGGAAUGUUCCUGAAGCAGGCACUUCCCAGGAACACAUCCCAGUGAAGCCUCUCAUGAUGAAUUCUGAAAUUUGGUUCAAACGUCACAGUAUAGCAAUAGGAGAAGUACCAGCUUGCAGACUUGUGCACCGCCAAGAGUUAACACAGGCAAAUAUAGAAGAGAUAUGGAAAUCCAUGACGCUAUCACAUUUGCAAAAAGUUUUGGGCCUGGAUUCUGUGGAUGAAGUAUUGGAUACAAAGCUUGUGAACCCAAAGCAUAUCGUCCACAAUGUGUACAAUGUCAAUAAACAGGGCAUCGUCAUUUUGGAAGACAAAACAAAAGAGCUACCUCAUUGGGUACUGUCAGCAAUGAAGUGUCUAGCAAAUUGGCCCAGUUCAGAUUUGAAGCAACCUACAUACAUAGGAUUUGAAAGAGAUGUUUUCAAAACAAUAGCAGACUACUAUGGCCAGAUGAAGGAACCUCUACUCACAUUUCAUCUUUUUGAUGUUUUUGUCAGUGUGUUAGGUCUGCUGCAGAAAAACAAAAAGGCCAUUGAAGCACUUCGGGUUUCCUGUCUUCUGCUGCCUCCAGAAAAUCGGAAAAAGCUGCAACUGCUGAUGAAGAUGAUGGCAAGGAUCAGCCUCAACAAAGAUCUGCCAUCUCUUUGUGACACAGCUGGGACCAGAACACUGAUGGUUCAAGCGUUUUCUCAUUGCAUCCUCUGCUCUAGAGAUGAAGUGGAUUUGGAUGAACUGCUUGCUGCUAAACUAGUAACGUUCCUGAUGGACAAUUGCCAAGAGAUCUUGACUGUUCCCUCCUCCUUACAGACUGUCAUAGAGGAGCAUGUAGUACAUCUCCGAAGAGUCCAGAUAAAAUAUGCAGACGCUGAUACUGAUACAACUCUUCCUGCUCCGUCGUUUUGUCCCCAAAUCAGUACAGAUGAAUUUGAAUACCAAAGAGUAACUGGCUCUCAAGAACCACUGGCAGCUCUGUUGGAAGAAAUUACAAUGAAUAAAGAAAUAUCUGUCAAAGACAAGAAGAAGAAGCUGAAGCAGUUUCAGAAAUCCUACCCUGAAGUGUAUAAAGAACGAUUUCCUACUCCUGAAAGUGAGGCAGUGCUGUUUCCGGAAAAAAAUAAACAGAAACCAAAACUGCUGAUGUGGGCAUUGAAAAAGCCUUUUCAACCAUUUCAAAGAACCAGAAGUUUUCGAAUGUAACAUUUCCAGAGUCACUAAUGAACUGUAUCUCAGUAUAUUAAUGAUAGGGUAGAUCUUAUGCAAAUGGAACCUAAACAGCAUGUAACACUGGAAAAACUUUAACUACUGAAACAGUGGGAAAAGGUUGUAAUGGCAAAACACUUUGAAGGGGAUGCUUUUUGAACCAUUAUCAGUAUUUUUGUCACUGGCUAUUUUUAAUGAUUUGUUAUUUUUAAAUACAGGAUGGGUAAUCAUUAUGAAUGAUAUGGAAAAAAUUCUUUGCUUUUAUACUUCUAGUUGUCAUUUCAAGUCUUAGAUGUAUUUUUAUGUGUAUAUUUCACUGUCUUGUUUGUCACUGGCAACAGCAUUUUUUCUGAAAAGGAGACUCUAUUAUCUUUGUUAAUAGCUGGCAUGCCGGAGGGAUUAAAACAUUGUACAUACUUGAAUGAACUUGAAACACUGGAUCUUGUACUGAAUUGCUGACUCUGUCUCAGGUAUUAGCCUUGAUAUAUUAUAUAAUGCUGAUUUCAAGAGUGCCCUUUGUUUCCUCAUUCAUAUGCUGCAUUGGGGCCUGAUCCAGCUCCUAUUGAAGUUCCAUUGACUUCAUUGAUGCGUGGCCAGACCUUGAAAACUUACAUGAUCUUGCUAAAUAUUGCUGUACAAAAUUAGUCACUAACAGGAUGGAAGUUACACAUUUUUAUAUGAAAAUCAAAUGCCUUAUUUUCUGUGAAAAGGGAGGUAUUUACGGCCAGGUCAAAAAUUAAAUAAGAACUAUAGAUUUUUAUUUUUAAUGAGGAUGCAUUUGUUCUCCAUAAUUAAUUCUUCUGUUCUACUGUGUACAUUUUGGUUGUACUUGAACUGCAGCACUUCUAAUUUUUUCAGUUAUUAAAACACAACUUUUUAAGGUAAUUCUCUGGAGGCAGUGGGUUUUAUCAUAGUCUUCAUAUCUGUAAUGAGCCACAGUUCUGAAACAUUUCAGAGUGAAAGAGUUGAGUCUGAGUCUCCACAGUGGACUCUAUUGCAAGUUUUGAGGGUGGUUUAAAAACCUUGAUCAAUUUCCCACUUUGAAGUUACAAGGAAUAUAAAGUGGUUUGGUUGUAAUCUAGCCUUCACAACACUCUCUUGCUUUGCAAAUGCACUAAUUAAUCAAAUUCUUA